CCGGGCGCCGAGCGGCGCGGGGACGGAGCUGCCCAUGCGCUGGCUGCAGACAAUAGCGGGGCAGGGGCUCUGCUCAGUGCGCAGGCGCCGCGGGGAGGUAAACACGGCUUCCCGCGCCUCCGCCAUGCGCUAUGCCUGGCCGCUGUGGAGCCGGGGACGUAGGCGGAAGGCGCGUGCUUGUGCGCAGGCGCGAGCGCGGCCGCAAGCCCCAACAAAGGGGAGCCCAUCCUCCUCCCGGGUACUACACCUCCCAGCAGCCCCUGCGCGGCGCGCUGCAUGCUGGGACUUGUAGUCCCUUCCCCUUGAAAGCCGCAGGGGAGUUCGCUGCGAGCGUGGCCCCGGGAGCCGGCGGCGUCCUGAUGCGGGCGCCCGGCGGGGAGCCCGGCCUGGAGCCCGGCCUGGCGGCGGCUCUGGAGCGCUACCAGCGGCGCCUCCGAGAGCGUGCUAAUGAAAGUAUCCAUCAACUGAAAUAUGCCUUGGAGGAAAGACAGUUUGCAGAGGGUAAGGAGGAAGUUGGAUUUGAUGAGUCCUCUGUGGACAAGGGCAAUGAUGAUGUGGACCGUGGCAAUGAUGAUAGUGAGAAUUCAGCCUGGCAGGAUCUACAGCACAGUCAUGCAGCUAAUCAACUUAAAAUUUUGUUGCAACAUCAAGAAAGAAUGGAAAGUGAAGUCUCUCCAUCACGGAGGAAGAUGCUGUUCUGUAACCCCCCAGAAGCUGCAGCUGAAGAUUUACCAGACCUUUCUGAUCUUGUUCCUAUAAUUAAUGAUCAGUCUCAGUACAUUAACCAUUUAGAAGCGGAAGUGAAGUUUUGCAAGGAGGAAUUGUCUGGGAUGAGAGAUCAAGUUCGAGUAGUUGUGCUUGAAAAUGAGGACCUCCAUCAGAAACUGAAAUUUCUGGCUGCAGAACAUACUUUGAGAGAACAAACUCUUCUAGAUGCCUCAGCAAAUACUCAGAACUCCUGGCCUGUAGGUGGUAAUGACUAUACUCUGCAUCAGUCAGUCACCUCACCAGCAGCAGAUAAUAAAAAUCCAGCUUUGGUUACAGCAUCUGUUGGAGAAAUGGAAAAAUGGCAUAUAGAACUGGAGAAACUGAAACUUCUUUAUCAAGAAAAAGUCAAUAUCCUUGAUGCUCAAGUAAAGUCUCUAAGGAAAGACCUUUCAGAAUCUCAGAAGACAUGCGAAGAUUUGGAAGGAAGGCUAAAACACCAGAAGUCCCUUGUUUCAGCCACACAUCCUAGUCGGGUUGGUGGUCUGUGUUUGAAGUGUGCACAGCAUGAGGCAGUUCUUGCACAGACUCAUUCUAAUGUUCAUGUGCAGAUCAUCGAGAGGGUAACAAAAGAAAGAGAUGACUUGAUGGAUGCACUUGUUUCAGUGAGACGAAACAUGAAAGAGAUGCAGCAAAGAGAAUGCAAUGCUUAUGAGCAAGUUAAACAAGCUGUGCAAAUGGCAGAAGAAGCCAAUCUAGAAAAAACAAAGGCUCUAGUCCAAUGUGAGCAACUGAAAAGUGAGAUGGAACGCCAGAAGAAUCGUCUUGAAAAGGAGUUAGCAGCCCAGCUAAAUAAGAGGACUGAUGAAAAAGAAGCACUGCGGGAAGAAAUGAAGAAAGAAAGGGAGGACUUGGCAGCAAUGGUGACAGCAAUGUCUGAGAAUGUCGCCAUCUUAGAGGCUCAGGUAGAGAGAAUUACAAGGGAAAAGAACUCUCUGGCUAACCAGUUAGAAGAAUCACAACAUCAACUUGCAUCUCAUGAAACAGAGAUGAAUAAGGUGUGUGGAGAAAUGCGCUAUCAGUUGAAUCAAACCAAAAUGAAGAAGGAUGAGGCAGAAAAGGAGCUCAGAGAGUACAGAACAAAAACUAUAAGGGAGCUUGAAAUUAAGGACCAGAAAAUAGAAAAACUGGGAUUAGAGCUGAAUGGAAACAAACAGCGUUUGGAACAAGCCCAGCAGGAUGUGACAGAAGCCAGAGAGGAGUGCCUAAAACUGACAGAACUGCUGAGUAAAUCUGAACACCAACUGCACCUCACCAGACUGGAGAAAGAGAGCAUUCAGCACAGCAUUAGCAAUGAAGCAAAGGCCCAAGCCCUUCAGGCCCAGCAAAGAGAGCAGGAGCUGACACAGAAGAUGCAGCAAAUGGAGGCCCAGCAUGAGAAAACUGUAAAUGAACUGGACUCAUUGCUGACCUCCCAGAAUACAUUCAUAGCAAAAUUAAAGGAAGAAUGUUUUUUGUUGGCAAGAAAGUUGGAACAAAUAUCAGAAAAAUACAGAUCUGAAGUCAACCAGCUUAGUCAGGAAAAAGAGUAUCUUCAUGGCAGAUUGGAGAAGAUGCAAAAACGGAAUGAUGAAUUGGACCAACAAUGUAUCCAGCAUGGGAGAAUGCAUGAGAGGAUGAAGUCGAGGUUGCACCAGCUUGACAAGCACUGCCAGGCCACUGCCCAGCAGUUAGUGGAGCUACUCAACAAACAGAAUCAGCUCUUCAAAGAGAAGCAGCUGCUAACAGAAGAGGUGCAGUUUCUGCGAAUCCAGGAAAAGAAAUGGGAUGCAGAUCUCAAACAGGACACAGAUGGAAUCAAGUAAAAACCUGGAUGGAUAAAGAGAAAUGAGCAUAAAACUCACCCACGGGCUGAAGCAACACAAAUGAGAGAUGCAAGCAGCUCCAUACAGACUACUUACUUACACUCCCAUCUCUUCUGUCUUUCAGUUCUCCUCUGCACCCGUCUGAAACUUGGGCUUGUUUGAAGCUCACACAGAAAAACGUUCGCAGAAAACAGACACGCUGGCUAAUUUCAACUGGUUUAUAUUUGUUUUCAACUACAGAAUCAUAAAUAUUUUGAAACAUUACUCACCUACCAAACUUUCUAGGAAGACAGCUGAGACUUUUCUAAGAAAAGGCUAAGCUUGCAAUCCAGUUUUAACAGCUGUUAUGAAGCGUCAACUUAAUUCAUAAUUUGUACAAUUUUUUUAUAAAAUGUUUUUAUCUAUUUUUGUAAUUUAACAUAGAUGUCUUAUUUACAGAUGGCAAUACCAAUAAACUUAAUUUGAUUCAUUAUUUUUCCUGGUUGUGUCCUUUUGCAUUCAAGGGAAAAUGUGUGUUUGGGGAGGAGGAGAGUGUUCAGAAGUCUAACAAAAAUCACAGUGUGCUUGAGGUUGUAACUCAUGACCGGAACCUACCUGGGUUCCUACCAGGGUACCUACCUGGGAACCUACCAGUUGUACAAGCUAUUUGCCACCUUUAUACAAAGGUCAGAGUCCUAACAACCAUUAAUCCAUCAGAAGGGCAUCAGAAUGAUUGAGGAAUAUUCCCUGUAACGUGGAGUAAUUUCCACAGAGCAGGUUUCCCAUCAAAACAGUUACUGGCUAAUGCCUUUGAGACAAAGGGACCCUUUGUUAGCAAAGGCUAAUACAUACGUGAGGUGCCUGGCUCUCAACACUGAAGUGAUUCUAGACUUUCCCCCUGGAAGAUACUUUGCUAUCUUGGGGAUGGGCAUCAGCUGAACUCUGCUUCAAAUUACUGAACUCAAAACAGUUGGAGGCUACAUUUGGAGGACUUCUUUCCAGUUAACUUCAUAUUUGUAAAGGUUACUUUCCAAAUACCAGGCUGUUUCAGAAAGAAUUCAUCUGAAUCUUUUGCUGAACUAGUGCAUAAUAAACAAUGUAAGAAAAGGUUUCUACAUUCAGUGUAGUUGCUGAAUUGCACUGGUAAAGAGGAAAAAAAAAAGUGCAAAGAACAGUUCCCAGUCAAUAAGGCUACUUCAGCCAGCAUGAACACAUAAAAUGUAACAGAAGUAGGAGUAACAACACAUGCAAUAAGUUACCAUUUGCUGUGGGACACAAUCUUUCAUUCCUUGUAUUUUAAGAAUUACUAGUGGUACAGCCUUAACAUCAAAGUGUUUUUUCUUCCCAUUUCAAUUUCCUGCCAUAUGAAACUGCCAAACACAUCUGAACUCCUCCCUAAACUGCUUCACCGCUAUGACAAUAAACAUGCUUAAAUCGCCUUGGGUCUUUUGGGAAGGGAAAGGCUGCUGAUGAAAAUUCCUUUCUAGCACAACUAUGGGUUCUCCACGCUAGUCAGGUGGACAAUUUUAUUUUAUUUCUCACUACUUUAUAGAUGGUUACAUAGGUAAGAAUAUAUGUUUAUAAAUCUGCAAAUUUAUUUCUUUUCCCCACACCAUAAAUCUGUGUUUAAAUAGGAGCAGUGCCUAUCAGCCACAUGCGCAAAGGACCUCAGGCACCCAGUCCCAGCACUUAAGGCUUCAAUGAGAUCCUGGAGCUGCUGUGCCACGGCCUGGGGGCACAGCUGGACCCUCAACCUUUCUGGACCUACCUCACCUACCAGGUGGCUCGGGGUGGCUGUGUGCAGAGGACAACUGCCAGCCACCGCUGUGUCUACAAGGAUCAAUUUCUCUGCAGCAGCAACUACCUCGUAGCAAUUGCUUACUCACUAUGCACACAGAGCACCAGGUCUACCCCGCUCCUGUUCCCCCCACCCCGCCCUCUUCCUAGCCACAAAAUGCUUACUUUUACAAAGUUUACAAAGUUCAGAUCAGGCAAUUACAUCCAGGAGCUUCCAUGCCCACAGCUACAGCAUCGCCCCGCCGAGGUAUCACCCCUGUACCUCCAUGCACAAUGAGCAGAGGCUCCUUCCAUGGCCACAGCCAAGUCCUGUCACUGAUCUGCAAAUACUAUUGCAACUAAUGUCUGUCUGCCUGUCCCUUUCUUCUGCUCCUUCUGGCCUAUUUCAAGGGGAAAACAAGAAAGACCCGGCUCACACACUUACUUACGUUCCAGGGAAGGGUUCAUGUCUGAGAACUGAGCUAAAACCCAGAUGACCGACUGCUCCAGGGACACUCAGCCCUCCUGGCCGGCUGCUGCAAUUAGGCUUGGGCCAGCUGGCGGGCAUCAAUGAGUCCCACCCCGAGGUGCCCUGCAAAUCACACCUUCCCCUUGCUUCCUCCACCACGCUGCCGAGCUAUGACUUGAGGCUACGGAUUUCAUUCGAUGACAACUCGCUUAAAUGUUGGGUGUUCUGAUAGGAAUGUAACCCUGCGUAAUCAGUACUUGAAAAGUACAACCCAAAUUUACUUUUAGAAGUUACAUACACCUUGUAGAGUUAACACAGACCGCCUGUAUGGAAAUAGCCUUGGGCCACAGCACAAAUACAUCUUGCUUAGCCAUAAAAACCUCUUUUCUUUUUUUUUGACAAUACUGUAACUUAAUUUACAAACUGAAACUGAUCACCCAGUAUCUGAAAUACGUCACAUCAAGUUAGUUAUCACUAGGACUUCACAGCAAAUAAAACUUUGAACUAAACAUGCACAGAUCAUUAUAUAUACAGUGAUAAAAAAAUAACGAUGUACAUUUUCUUGUAAGAAGAAAUUAAGUAAAUUCUUUGUGCAUUUCAGGAUUGAAACAUCUAACCUAUAUAAAAUUACUUUAAAAUAUGAAGUAAAUAUUUAAACCAAAACUUGAGAAAUCUUUUGUAAUCUGCAAUAUAGCCUUCUUGUUUCAGAUUUUCUUUCUCUGACACAGAACAGAUUAGGAACUUUAUCCUCUAAGAUAUUUAAUAAUGAUGUGCAGAUAUAAAAAAAUACGUCCUUUGUGGCAAGCUUGAACAUAUAUAUAAUAUAUUUACAAACCUCCAGAACAAAUUAGCAUUAAAAAACACAGAAGUAGCAGAUUGACAUAGUGUUUUAUUUAAGCUGUCUGUACGAAGGAAAAUAAUGUGCAUCCCUAUCAUAUACGUGUAAAAAUACUAAGGAUGUACAGUGUACAAAAACAGUUUCUUGUAGUUAUUUCACAUCCUUGUGGGUCAUAUACUUAAGGAAAUAAACAGUUUAAGUAUGACCAACAGUAAUACGGUUUCUUGGGUUCAUAGUCGUGUCUGCUUAAUAUCCUUAACCAUAUGACUAGAUCUUGCAUGGAUCUAAUGAAAGAACUAGCAAGGUCAAGAAAUGUCACAAACUCUAAAGCUACAGGGAGGUAAUUCAAUUAUCAAUUUAGAGGUUUUUAUUUAAAUAAAUACUUUACAUUUCAUGCUUGCCUGUAAUGCACUACCAGGAGCAAGAUAAGGAAAUUCUACUGUAGACAGUACAAACAGUAGCAGCAAAGUGUGUACAUUGAGGUGUAAUAUAUAGACCCUGCAGUUAGUAAGGAAAGACCUUACUUUUGUACUCUAGGAGAAGCACAUGGCCCCUGCAAGAACAGUCAGCUUUAAGAAGCCGCAAGUAAAGAUGGAAAAAACGUAAAACAAUACUGGAAUAAAUGUUCUGUAAGCAACAGGAAUGUACUGGAAGAUGGAUUAGUGUGGAAAGCAAAGCCGUGUGCAAAACUGCCAAAACCCAAACAGAAAUGACCUAUUUCCUCCGAGAUGGCUGCAGUACAAGAGGGCAUACUGUCUGCCAUGGAAGUCAGUACAAGCUGGAGUCAAAGUCUGAAAUGUACUGUGCUCGAAAGGCUCAUCAAGGUAACCAGCCACUACCACGCACUGUCCAAACCCGACUACAGCUGCAAACACGCAAAGAAGAGCUUUGAGAGUUUCUCCCAGCACAGCUUGUUAAUUUCUCUUUCUAUCUCUAACACUGCUGAGAGGGAAUUCCCCAGCCCUGGGCAGCAUUAAAUGACUGCUGACUCUCUCCAUAGCACAAACUUGAUCUAUGAUAUUUUGGAAGGCAGAUAACACAAUACACACUGAUUGAAGCCUUAAAAAGUUUUCAGAUAAUUUGCCCACAGAUAUUUACUGCGAACUGCGCUCUAACUAGCUACACGGUGAUGAACCUAGCCACAGGGUUUCUUUCUUCUCAACACGAGGAAAGGUUGGCCAGAGGCACAACUCCAGUUGGUCAUUAGCUAUAGGUGCCCUGUGUCAAAAAAUUUAUUGCUGUUAAAAGCUGGAAAAAAAAAAAAAAAAAAAAAAACACCACAGGCAUAUAACACAGAUUUUGAAUCACCAUAGUUUUAGUCUGUAAGCACGAGGCCUUUGCAGAAAACUAAUUAAUGCCCAUCUCCUAAGUAAUUGGUUAUUUCAGUCACUCACUCGCUGUGUCAGUACAGACACUUCUGCAGACCUGCAAUGCAUUUACUGUGCUCGCUCUCUCUACAGAGGGAUAAUUUCUACACGUCUAGCGUUACGAGGAGACAGAAUGAGAUCCUAUGUAGUUAGCAUAUACCUCAUGAUAUAUUUCUGACUGAUUAUCCAUCCGUUACUAAAGAUAAAACAUGAAACAUGAAAAAUUGUCUAAAUUAGUCUGCGUCUUUAGCUGCCUUGCUAAAAUGCCCAUUUGCCCCUUGACUGUCCCAGCAUAUGCACUGCCAGCAGUGGGCUUCACGCCAGGAUACUCAACUUUCCACAUCAAGAGGCUAAGGCAUCUGCGUAUGAACAUCUCCUUUCAGACUCACCUCCUCACUCACACAACGCAAUCAGUAAUACUCUGUGAUAUCACAGUCUUCGUGGGAGCUAACAAGAUACGGACACAGAGAUACUUCAAAUGAUAAUCCCAUGGAGUCAGGGUUUUCAGAUGCCGUUAGCAAGGGCACGUGCACAUCAUUACUGCACUGCAAAAUAUCCCAGCUCCUAGCACCAAAGGGUUUAUUAUUAAGAUUAUCAUUGCUGAAGAUCAAAGCUAGAGCUUGUGCACAUGUUCUGUUAGAUACAGAUCUUCGGAAAUGGAAAGACGUUUUCCUGUCAGUGGAGUGUUUCUCGCGAUGCUUUAAAUUCGGUCAAUCGGGUACCACGGUCACAUGUAACAUGCUGAGUUUCGUAACUCUUUUGGCUGAGGACAAACUUUCCUUGAGAAUGGCUGAUCCCAGAAAUUUACUAUUUUAACUAUUAGAAUAAAGUGCUUUUCUUGUAAUCACUGUGGUCUCAUUGUUCAAAUGUGUUUCCUUCAUAUAGGAUAGACAUUUUCUAUUGUGCCAUCAGGCUUUUACAGUAUCUUUAUCCUGAAUAGAGCACAAGAUGUAGCUUUUUUGUUUAUUUGUUUUUAACCCUUUGGCACAUGAAGUUGGAACUCCUCACCUCCGCUGCCAAAGAAUUAAAAGACAGUAUUUCAUUCACAAAAAUCUGAUUCUAAGCAGUAUGUACAAUUUCAGAGCCUUGUUAAAAUUUCCACAUGGGAUAAAAGUGCAUUAUUCCCUUCAGCUUGUACAGUCCUUCCAUAUAUUACAAAAUUAACUGCUAUAAGCCUGUUCUAUCUAAGAUGUAGCAGCAUUUGCAAACAUGACACAUACAAACCUUAUCUCUAAAAAUAAAUACUACCGCAGUAUAACCAAAAAAAAAAUGGAAAGGAAAGAAAAAAAAAAAGAA